UCAUCCACUCAGAUUUUCAGCAACUAACGGACUCUCUUUAAAUGGUAAAAACUUAUACUGCGACUUUGCUGCUAUGACUAAGGAGCAACUAACGAACGUCAUAAAGGAACUCAAGGAUAUGCAACAAGUAUUUAACCAAGUGAAACAGUAUCCUAAGAUGAAGGCAGACGUUAUGUUAAAACAGAUAGAUGGGGAUCUGAAGCUAGCCGAGGAAAACUUAAAGAAGAAAUGAAGAAAGUAGAUAUUCAUGAAUGAAGAGAGUGCCGGGGACAUGGAAUAAUGAUAAGUAUCUUCGAAAAGGAGUAAUAAAGGAGUUGAAUUCUUCAU